AUGCCGGAAGAAUGUAGAAAAAGAAUUUCUGAAACUAAUAAAAUAAUUUUAAUUGAAAAAGAAGAAGAAGAAAUUAAAGAAAAUAAAGAGAAUAAUGAUUAUUGGAAUGAUUUAAUUAAUGAAAGAAAUGUUACUUUAAAAAAUAAUGGAAAUUGUGGUUAUUUGAGAAUAUAUAUUUUAAUUGUUUUUAUUUGUUUAAAUUUUUUAAUUUUUAAAUUUUAA